AUGGCGGACAAGGAUGACGGAAUGGGAGAGGAAGAAGUUAAACAGAAUGACAAGCACAAUUGGGGAGCAGCAGAUUUGGAAAAGGUGAUUUUCUCUAUAACUUCAUUUCUUUCAAAUUUUAUUAUAACCGAAUGGGAAGAGCUAAAAUUCACUACUGUAUCAUCAAAACACAGCAGGGCUCAAACUCUCACCUCGAUCGAGGGAAUGUUUUUCUUGUGUGCCGUUGAAUUAUCGCCUCCAAAAUCGUUCAACAGGUCCUGGAUUAGAAAUUAUGGAAAUGGGUUCCAUACUGCUCUUAAUUACGAUCACCGUUCCUUUGUUUCGAUAAAGCGAAAGCAGUUUGGUACACUUGGUGGUUGCAUUCCAUGCUCACGAAGUGUGUAG